GACGCCCCUUAGUUACCCAACCCCUCAGGGCCGAGCUGUAACCUGCAGCAUAGCGUCUGUUCCUCUUCGGAGACCUUCUGCCGAAUCAAACACCCGCACGCUUUAGGCACCGUCAACGUCACUCGCACACCCAACCGACCAGCUAGUCAGCUAGUCAGCCAUGGCCAACCCGCGGUGUCCUCACCAAUGGGGGAUCGUCCAGACCAGCAACGGCAGCAUCCUGACCUGGCGCUGCUCGAUAUGCAACGGCGGCCCUUUUGUCGGCAUCUGGCGCUGCAAGGUGUGCGGCUUGAUGAAGUGCAACCCUUGCUACACCAAGUGAAAAAGUGAUAACCAGCCGGCAAAUAUGUAUCUCGACCAUCCACAUCGGUGCUAUGAUCAUGUUUACUUUUGAUCAACGCCACCGGCUUUUUUUCUUUUCCCUUUCCUUAUUAUUGUCGUUUUCUUUCUUCUGCAGGGAUCUUGGGGAGCAAAGGUACUUGCAUCAUGCAGGCAAUUAAUACGUCUGCAGACCCUUCUUCCUGUCCCCUGCCUUCAAAAUAACAACACAAUUCUCAGUGCACUUUAACCAUUGUGCCCUGCAUGUUCGCAUCAAUAUCCUUCGCCGAGAUCUCUCGCUUCACACCGCUCGUGCAAACACAAUAAGAGUGUAUCUUGAACAUGCCCGGCUGACCAAUCACCCUUGAUGUGUCUGUUCCCUUUUUCGAUUUCUAUAUUUUUUAUUCUCGAUGUAUCGGACCUCAGCCUUCGAAUUUGCGCUCGCGGCUAUGCUUCUCUUCUCUCUUGAGGGGCUAUCUCUUUUUUUUUUCUUUUUUCCUGUUUCCUCAGUCAAUUGACUUGAUACCCAAUUACGAGCCUGCAAAUUUCACGGAUUAUAUGCAUUCUUACUUUUUCUGCGUUAUUCCACUCUCCUUCCCACCUAUUACUAGCGUUUCGCCUUUUAUAUAUACAUUUAUUAGCCUGACUAGUUAACUAUCGGAAUAUAAAAUGUGAGUCCGAGACGGCAGUUUCACGGGAACCUACAGCGUCCGAAUUAGUACUCUGCAGACAGGAAGUUCUUACGUUGUUCAAGUAAUCAAGUAACCCCUAGUCAUAUGGGGAAGGACUGUCCGAGUAGAGCGCAGAGAGAGCCUUAUCGCCGUGCAUAACCACUUUGCACGAAGUCAUUUUUACCUUCGUUAACUUGGUUGCCCCUGGCCACAUCCUGCCCUGAGCUCGGAGUCUAUCUCAGCACGGAUGCAACGCCACCGCGGACUAGGCGAAAAAUCUAGUAUCAAGAUCUUAGCUUAGGCGAGGAUGCAGUUUCGCCUAACCAGCAGGUAUCUUGAUCUAUCCAAUUUCCUGGACCAGGACGUCCCCAGCGUGGCGUCUUAACUCGGACAUCAACGAAAAGGUAGAAGCCACAGAUUGUGGACAUCGUAGGUCGUUCUAGACGGAUACUGAGAUUGCUAUCAAUUCCCGACCCGAGAUUUCCGAUAUACGGCCGUGCUGACAAAUUCAGUCACUGUACGGAGUAUGAGGGGGUUAUUAGUGAGAUGGCCGUAUGAAUCAUAGAAGGGGGGGUUAAAAGUAGCAGAGCAGACAUAUUCACUGAAUACAUACCUAAGGGGGCGAGAUAGCUAGCACACAAGUGUUGAUAUCACAGCAAUCAAAAUGGCAGCCCUUGACCUAUCUCUGCCUACCGUCCUUCUCAUCAUCGACAACCACGCAGCCUUCGACAACGAAGCCUACUGGGGCAAGAGAUCAAAUCCGCAGUACAAGGAGAAUGUCACCGCGCUCAUAAAAGCAUUCCGGGAUGCGCACGCGCGAAACCCCCAUAUCGAGGUCAUCCACAUCGGCCAUUCGUCCACUAACGUCAAGAGUGUCCUGCACCCCUACCAUCCAGACGGUGGUCCGGCCUUCUACCCGUUCACCGAGCCUAUCCCUGACGAGCUGGUCUUCUGGAAGAACGUGAACUCGGCCCUGGUCGGAACCGACUUGGAGAAGACGCUGAGGGCCAAGGGCGUGAGGCAGCUGCUGCUCCUGGGCCUGACGGCGGAACACUGCGUAUCUACCACGACUCGUAUGGCGGCGAACCUGGGCGUUACAAACGCCCCAGACGGCAGCACAGAUGGCCGGGUUAUCCUGGUUGAAGAUGCUACUGCCUCGUUCCCCUGCGGGCGGUUUGAUGCAGAUACCGUCCAUGGCGUCUCGGUUGCAACGCUGAAGGAGUUCGCGGAGGUGGUUCAGACGGCCGAUGUUUUGAGAGACUUGCAGCCGCUGCUGUCGUGA